CGGCUGCUGCAGCGGGAGGAGACCUGAGUCUGACAACAAAACAUGAGCAGCCGGAGCGCAGAGAGAGAGAGAGCACUUUAACCACUUUAACAACACAAACAAACUUCUGCGAAGGAUAUGAAGCUUCCUGAGACAUGAAGGAUUUUAGUUUAAAAUGUGACGCUGGCCUGGAACGGAGCACAUCAACAAACAAAUAGAUAUAUUUAUUUAUAUAUGCUAACUGUGAAAGUUAGAGCUAACUCAGCGCUAGCGUCUGUGCUUUUAGCCUGCUGAUAUCAACCCAUUUACAAUCUGCUAAUCUCGGUCUGUUUACAAUGUCCUCAAAAGCAUGGCAACAUCCUUAUGUUAAUGUCUUUAAGCACCUAAAAUUGGAGGAAUGGAGGAAGGCCAGCAAAGAAGGCGAUGUUACAACCUACAUGGACAAGACUCUGAAGUGUUCGGUGUUCCGUAUUCGCGGUUCCAUUCCAGCCAGCAACUAUAUUCUCCUGCCCAGAACCAGCAGCCAAUCACUGGGGCUCACAGGCCGUUACCUCUACCUGCUGUUCAGACCCAGCCCCAGUAAACACUUUGUAGUGCACGUGGACAUUGCUUCUGAGGAAGGUCAGGUGAUCCGUGUAUCGUUCUCCAACCUGUUCAAGGAAUUUAAGUCUACGGCAACAUGGCUGCAGUUUCCCUUCCUGUGUGGAGCUGCUUCGGGCUCUGUCUAUGAAACCACAGCCAAAUCUGCUAAACAUGGUUUGGUGGGUCCAGCACCGGCGUCUGUGCGCUGGACAUGUCUGAUGAUGGACCUGCGGUAUGUGCUUUCUGUCUAUCUAAACAAAACACACAGUCACCUGAAGAGCAUCAAACUCUGUUCCAAUAUGACGGUGAAAAACCUCAAGACUAGUGACCUGCUGCUGGACCCAGGCCUGUCGUUCUCAGAGUUCCGACAGGCUGGUGUGAUGUUGCCAGAAGGCACAGCCCCCAUGCCCAGAGAGAUGUGUUUCCCUGUGCCUAAGGGCAGCAGUUGGCAUCAGCUCUACGACUACAUCAGGUUUCCCACAGAUGGUGUGAAGAUGCCAUUUGAUUCUAUACAGAAAGGCCUUACCAACCAAACUCCAAAAGAGACUGUGCUCAUUGAGAGUCCUAUUCGAGAAGAAAGUCGCAGUGUGAACUUGAGCAAACCUGUGCAGGACCGCGUCUCCCUCAUCCAGCAGAUUACCACACCCAAACCUCGUGCUGAACAGCGGCCACUUCUUCUGACCUCCAGUUUGCCUGAACUGCCUGCUGCGUGUUCUGAACGUGUAGACAGCCUGCGUUCACCAAGUCAGAGGUCCCAGGCUCCUGAGGGUGACAGAGUAGUGUGUGAUGAUGGAGGAGGUGUGCACGUGUACGCUCACUACGAGGAAGAUGAUCAUAGCUCACAUUCAUCAGACAGUGAGGAUGUAGCUGUGGUAAAUGCUGCAGUUCCCCGACCCCUUUCUCUGCGCUCAAUCAGGCCAGCCAAGCAGCAGCGUAAGCUGCAGCCAGACCCCAUACUGAAGCUGAGUAGAAUUAUCGGUUUUGGAGGAGCAACAUUGAAAUGUGCUGUCUGGGCUAAUGAUGGGGAGGAAGUGGUCUAUCCAUGUCAUGCCAUCAUCGUCAGCAUGAAGAUCUCGUCUGGGCAGCAAAGGUUUUUCAUCGGCCAUACAGACAAAGUAUCUGCUUUGGCAUUAAAUACGGUCUCUUCUCUCUUGGCGUCGGCUCAAACAGGCACACACUGUCUGAUACGCCUUUGGAGCUACAGCAAGGGGCAGUGUCUGACCAUGAUUAAAACACAUGCACACUCCCUCAACACACUCAGUUUCUCCUAUAGUGGGGGCGUUCUGUGUGGAGUCGGCAAGGACAGCCACAAUAAAACUAUGGUGGUUGUGUGGAACACGCAGCGUGCCACUAAAGGGGGUGUGGUCACGAUCAUGGCUAAAGCUCACACAGAUGUUGAUGUCCAGACCAUGAAGAUAGCCUUUUUUGACGACACACGUAUGGUGUCGUGUGGUGUGGGUAACGUGCGUUUGUGGCGUGUGCGCGGUGGCUCUCUGCGCUCGUGUCCGGUUAACCUGGGGCAGUAUCACAGCCUCGAGUUCACUGAUCUGGCCUUUGAGGAGGGACACGCUCCCGACCGGCAGCCGGAUGACCGAACACUGUUUGCCAGCAGUAAGAGUGGCCACAUCCUGGAAAUUGACUACAUUUCUGUGGCAAUAAAGAAUGUCAGAAGACUCCUCCCAUCUCAGCAAAACCACUCCCACCGCAGAGAGAAACAGACUUUUAGCACAGGUCCAGGCAUUGCAGUUAACAGCAUUAGUGUCUGUGGAGCGUUCUGUGCUACAGGCUCAGAGGACGGAUUCUUGCGUCUCUGGCCACUCGAUUUCUCUUCUGUCCUCCUGGAGGCGGAACAUGAAGGGCCGGUCAGUCUAGUAAGUGUAUCGGCUGAUGGUAUGAGUGUGCUGGCCGCCACCAGCACAGGAAAUCUUGGCUACCUGGAUGUUAAUAGUCGUGGUUAUCGUACGCUGAUGAGGUCCCACACUAACACAGUGUUGGGCUUCAGUGUGGAUGGGAUCAGGAGGCAAAUCACCACAGCAUCUAAAGACUGUACUGUCCGGGUGUGGGCCAUGGACUCCAUGCAGCAGCUGUAUGACUUUGUAUCUGAUGAGGACAAUGAUGCUCCUUGCUCAGUGGCGUUCCAUCCCAGCCUGCCAGUCUUUGCUUGUGGCUCCAAUUCAGGAACUGUCAGAGUGUUUGACAUCCCUGAAUCUAGCUUACUCGCACAACACAGGCAGCAUCGUGGUGCAGUAGUGGGCCUGGUGUUUUCUCCUGAUGGUGAACAUCUGUACAGUGCCGGCUCUCUGGGAUACCUGGCUCUCUACAAUGCUUUCCAACCAGAGUACCCCAUCCUCAGAGUGCUCGGCAAUGUGGUUGCACAAGGUGCAGAUCGAGGCCCGGACGCGCUGGUGGUGAGCUCAGACAGCCGCUGCCUGGCGUUUGUUGGCCCGACAGAAUACACAGUUACCAUCAUGGAUGCACACACACUUGAUGAGCUACUGCGUGUUGACGUGAGUGUUUUAGACGUUGAGAGUACGACACUGGACUCGGCGCUGAAGGUUUGUUUCGCCCCGUCUUCCCUCUCCCACCUGCUUAUCACGACAUCGUCCAAUAAGAUCCUGUGGAUCAACAGAAGCACAGGACGGCUGCUCAGAGAGGUAUCUGAGGUUCAUAAGCAUCAGUGUGCGUCUCUGGCCGUUAGUGAGGAUGGGUGUUUCCUGCUUACAGCUGGACACAAUGCUGUGAAGGUGUGGGACUAUAACAUGAAACUGGACGUCAAUUCACAGGUGUUCAUUGGCCAUUCUCAGCCCAUUACACAGGUGAGCUUUACACCUGACCAGAUGGGUGUGGUUUCGGUUGGUGAUGCAAUCUUUUUCUGGGACUUCUUGGCUCAACCACAUCAAGAACCGUCCUGCAGUCUCAGCUCUGUAGCUGCUGUCACCUCCCCUCCAAGAGCAAGUAAAGGCUUGGAUGUGUCUCUGCUAAAUGCAGUUCUUGCAGAACAAGAAAAGACAGAGUUUAAUGAAAUGUUGUCCAAUGGGAUGCCUCGAAAAGAAGCGCCCCGUCCCUCCUCAUCUUUGCCUGUUCUGGAUGUUAGCUCUAUACAGAAGACAAGGCAUGGAGCUUCUUUUCUGUCACUUGGGGGUUGUGAUGAUGAUGAGGAUGAUGAUGAAGAAGAAGAGUUACAGUCUGGUCCCUCCCACUCUCCUGCUCCAAGACAUGCCUCCUUUCUUCGAGUAACUGAGAGGGCUGGGACUGGAGACUCACUCAGUGUUCUACCCAAUCACAUCAGAGCUGAGGAAAACCACGAGGAUUUGAAGAUGCCCCGUCCGGAUUGUUACAAACACUUUACUCCGCGUUACAAGACGUCUGUGCAGGACACGAGUGCUGUAACACCACCACCUGGACAGGAGGGCCUGAGUCUAAAGGCAGUGAUUGGCUACAAUGGUAAUGGACGGAGUAACAUGGUCUGGAAUCCAGACACAGGACUGUUUGUGUACUCCUGUGGCUGUGUGGUUGUAGUGGAGAAUCUACACACUGGCUCUCAGAAGCACUGGCACGGCCACAGUGAGGAAAUCUCAACCCUCGCCGUCACCCAUGAUGCACAGAUGGUGGCUUCUGCAUCAGGAGGUGGGGCCUCUUCCAAGAGCCUCAUUUGCAUAUGGAACGUUCAGGAUGGAUCGCGCAGAAACCACAUUUCUUACCACAAGGGUUCAGUUCAGAGGCUGGCGUUCUCCAGAGAUGACCUCUAUUUCCUCUCCGUCGGUGAUUUUCAGGAGUCAGUGGUGGCGCUAUGGAGCACACGCUCAUUUGAGCUGCUCUGUGCUGUCAGUGUGAGCGUUCCUCUGCAUGAGGCGGCAUUCUGUCCCAGCAGCGCCAGCCAGCUCGCCUUUACCGGCUCCAGCACUGUCUUCUUCUGCACUAUACACACACACGGCCGGGGAGCAGAGCUUCAGGUACAGAAAGUAGCUGUUCCAGAGAGGAUUGGAGAGGCUGAAGUUACAUCCCUGUGCUAUAACACUAAUUCUAUUCUCUACACUGGAACAAACAGGGGACUUGUGUGUGUAUGGGACACCAACACACUCCGCUGCUUCCUGACCUGGGAGGCUGAUGAGGGAGAAAUUGGUAUGUUAGUGUGUCGAGGUAACAGAUUGGUCACAGGCAGUAACAGUAAGAAGCUGAGAUUAUGGUCUGUAGGAGCAGUGCAAAAUGCCAGACCUUCCAACAGUGAGAGGACCACCCAUCAGAACCGGAAUUCUCAGGUACUGUUGGAGCAGGAAAUGCUGUUGGAUGGUACAGUAGUUAGUGCCGCAUUUGAUGAUGUCAUGGACAUGGGAAUUGUGGGUACGACUGCAGGAACUCUAUGGUACAUCAACUGGGUGGACAACACCAGCAUACGUCUGAUCAGUGGACACAAGAGCAAGGUAAAUGGUGUUGUGUGCAGUCCAGACGAGCGUCACUUUGCGACCUGUGGGCAGGAUGGCAGUGUGAGAGUAUGGGCAUUGCCUAGCAAUGAACUGCUGGUCCAGUUUCAGGUGCUGAAUCAGAGCUGUGAGUGUCUGUGUUGGAGCCGACCACUGCAGCCGUGUGAGUCUGGAGGCACCGGUGGUGGUGUGUGUGUGGCCGGUGGCUACAGCGAUGGCUCUGUGAGGGUCUUCAAUGUGGAAUCUGCCGAGAUGGAGCUCAAACUGCUGCCUCAUUGCAGUGCUGUGUGUGCACUGCAGUACUCACACCAUGGUCAGGUGUUGCUAUCCGGAGGGAAAGAUGGAGUCGUUACAGUCAGCAGUCCAUUUACCGGCGUCACGUCACGCAUCAUCAAUGACCACAAGGGGGCACCCAUUACCACUAUACAGUGCAUCUACAAACAGUAUAGAGAGUUCGGUCUGGAGGGAAAUGAGCUCUGGUUGGCCGUCAGUCUUGACAGGCGUGUCAGCAUCUGGGCAGCUGAUUGGGCAAAGGACAAAUGUGAGCUUCUCGACUGGCUCACGUUUCCUGCUCCUUCCUCGCCCGAGGAAGCUGCAAACUUGCCUCCCAGUCUGGCAGCAUUCAGCCCAACAGAGCGAGGAGUGGUGGUUUAUACUGGCUAUUCCACUGAGAGAGAGCUGACCUUCUACUGCCUGAAAAAGAAACAGGAAUUGAGGACAGUUUCUCUAACUGACUGGGCUCUUUCUCUCAGUCUGUGCUUUAAAGAAAGACUGCUUGCCGUCGGAUCGAACAAGCGCGUGCUGAAGCUGAUCGACUCCUCCAGCGGUCGGUUCCAGGGCUUUACGUGGCACAGUGACUCGGUUCACCUCUGCAGCUUCAGCCCAUCAGGCACACAGCUGUUCACUACAGCUCACAAUGAGGUUUUCCUGUGGACCUUAAGAGGCCUGUGAAGCAUCCAGUUCAAAAACACACUCACCACUGGGACACUGGGACAGUCACGUUAGUCAUGUUAACAGAUGACUAGUUUAUAACCUCAGCAUGAUACUGUCUAGUGACAUGUCAUUGGGGAUUAGAUGGAUCUUUGAAUCAUUGUGUUUUCUUCGUGGUUUAGAUGCAGCAACACGUUUGUUCUGGGAUGUUGUAAUACUUUAUACUUUAUAUUUUAUGGUAUUAAACAAUACACUUAGUUUUUCCUCCAAAGAUGUGACCAAAACUUGAAUUUUAAAUGAUCUAAUGCAGUUUUACCGUGGUUGACUUUUGUAUGUUUUUAAAUACAUUUUAUACAAGAUGUG